ACAAGAAAAAUAUACUUUCCAAACAUCGUUGACCUGCAGAGAGACGCUAACAGAACCAAGUAGAAGUCUGAAAGCAAAAAAGAAAAAGUGGAAAUUCAAAUUUUUAUUUAAUCUUCUUUGUAAUCUGAAAAAACAGGAGAAUAAAGAAGGUAGGAAGCAGCAACACACGUACCUGACAGCAAGUAGAGUAGUCAUUUCUGUUGCUGUGAUUUGUUGUUUGCACUGGAAUCUUUCUCUGCUGGUGUGACGACUGACCUUUAAUCUUUGUGGUCCAGCCUUGAACCUUCAGACAAGCAUCAAGACCACCUGAGAACCAGGAUGUCUGAUCUGCUGGCUUUUCCCCGGAUGUCCUUCCUGUUGCUUUGCAUUCUGGGUAUGAUCUUGGUGACAUCUGGCUUUCCUCAGCAUCGACUUCAUCUCAGAAGUGAUUCAGAGGAACCUAAACGAGAGGAAUGGGAUGUCCUCAUCCCCUCCAUCUCUCUCCGUGAUUGGAGCAUUGAAAUGAUGUCAGCGCCCAGCCUCGGCGCAGCAGCCAAUAGCAAUGCAGGACUGAUGAGAGAGGCGUGGCUGUUUGGCCCUGAGAGGGCAGAGGAAAGGACUGAUCCUGGGGUCUCGGUGUGUGUCUCCAGCGUGCGGGGGGCGUGGCCUGCAGAGUGGACGCACGGUGCCAGCAUGAAGAGGAACAUGGUGGUGGCGGACGACGCUGCCUUCAGGGAGAAGAGUAAACUCCUCACAUCCAUGGAGAGACAGAAGUGGCUCAACUCCUACAUGCAGAAACUACUGGUAGUGAAUUCAUCGUGAUAGUUCAGUCCUCACAGCCUUUAUUCAGUCCAUCAAACCACUUUGGCAUGCUGCAGUGGCAAAACGCUUUUUAAAGGGAUCCCUGGGUUACUGCAAAGCUCAUAUCAAGUCAUCAACAACUGCUGUAUUAUAACUGCUCAUGGCUUCAUUUCAAAAUGAUAUUCCUAUUUUUUGUAGCACUUUCACUAACUAAUAAAAUUCACUAUUAAAAUAA